GAGUAAAAUCUCUUAAAGCUUGUUCUCGUCUCCACUUCUAGGAUAAAACUAGAUGCAUCAUAUAUCAAAUUCCUGUAAAAAGGAAAAGCAAAAUACACUCCAGACUUCACGUGACAAGUUGGAUUCAAAGUUUGGAUCUUUGUUUGAUAAAAUAAGAAAGUAGACAAUUAUGGAAGUUCUUGAUAAAAGUUCAGCAAUGGUAAGCAAUUAUGAAGUGUUGUCUCUACUUCAAGAAAAGAUGCAGAAAGAGUUGAACAAGAAACCAAGUAAAAAGAUUCGACAAGAAAACCUGGCUACAAUUUCCUAUGAGGUUGUGAAGUACCUUGAAAAGACACCCUGUUGUUUGCAAAAUGAAGCUGUUAUCACUCAGUUUCUCAAGGAUGUUGCACCUUUCAACUUGACUAAAGGAGAGAAGUUACAAAUGUUGAAUUUACGACCAACUACGCCUGUCGAAAUACAACUUAUAGUUGAAGAAAGUGAAGAAAGAUUGAGGACAGAUGAAGAACUUCAAGCUUUAAUUGACAUUAUUGCCAAAUUACCAGAAAAUUACAACAACAAAGAUAUAAAAAUAGAAGAAGAGAGCUGAUUGCAAUGUUUGUUUGGUUUGACAUGCAUGAAUGAUGCUCAAUGUAACUUUUGGGUAAUUUUAUUGAUUGCAAGGAUUUUGUAUUUUUCAUAUCAAUAUAAAUAUUAAAGUAAAUGUUUUGAA